AUUAAAUGUCACUAGUAGAAGGUAGAAUAUAUAUUUACAUAUUUUAACAUAUCCCCUCUCAAGCAAAAGUUUUGAAUCCGCUCUCGCAACUUACUAUAAAAAUAUUUGUAGCCAAUUUUGCAGAAAUAAUUCGCAAAUAUAUUACGUCAAAUAAUAAAAUUCAAUAUUUUUUGUCUGAUUAAAAAUUUAUACUCAUAUAUGCUUUUAAUUUUUGUACAUUUACUGCUGUUUUUAUUGCAUAUAAGGAUAUCUUAAGAAGCUGACUCAACAGGAUAUGCGGAUCUCACGAUUAUGUUUCAAUCCUUAUCUGAUUAGCUGUAUGAUAUUUUGCCUUUCAUACAUUUUGAAGCAAUAUAUGAAAUUGUAAACUUUUUUUACAGUUAAAACUAAGCUGGUAUUUGCACAAUUUUUUUAAUUUUCUAAUUCACAGAAAAUAAUUAUUUUUUUAUUCCCCAACAUUGAUUAGAAGUGCUCGAUGUUUUUAGAUUUACUGUUUUUCUUCCAAGAAAAAAAUUUGAAAAUAUCGCUUCAUUUUUCUGGAAAUGCACUAUAAAAAUUCUUUAACAAUGAUACUUAAUAUUUUAUGCUAGUAUACCCUACUUUUUAUUUAUUCCAAAUAUCAAUUAUAAUUUAAAGAUCAGUUAUUUUGCAAAGUACGUUAAACUCUGAAACAUAAUAUUGUUAUUAAAAUUUUGUAGGUGCAAAGAGAAACAUAAAAUUUUAUAGGAUACCUAUGAAUAUCCUGUAGAUUUGAAUUUUACCGCCAUCUGAGAUCACUACUGCCCUCUUCUUUUAAUUAAAUAAUCUCUUCUUGUCUUUCUUCUGAUUCGAUCACUAUAGUGUCCAAUCAAAAACGUAGAUACGUUUUCCUAUCAUAUUCGAAUAAACAUUUCCGAUACUUAUGUGCAGUUUUGCUCAUUUGUGUGUAUACUAGUUACUAAGCAACAGGAAAAUCGAUAAACAAUGCAUUCGCAUACAGUUACCGACGGUUGCCUUUCAGUUUGUCUUUUAAACCUAAACGUGAAUGUUCGUUCCUAACAAAUGUUUGAACCAACAUGUCAAAUAAAAUACAAAAGAAAAAAAUAGCUGCCAACUACAAAGUGAAAGAACCAAUCAAUAAUUUUAAAUUAAGAGUCAAAAUCGUACAGCAAAGGCCUUUGCUUGCAGACCUCCUCGAAAACGAAGGGGAUACCAGAGACUCGAAUUUUCUUGAAGAAGAGGAUCGUAUUUUUAGCUGGCAAGAAAAAGUCUUUAGUCCGUUUGAAGCUACUUUUUACAAUGACGAGAGCAAUUGUUUGACCGAACAACAAAAAAUAUAUUAUCAACAAAUUAAAGAGAAUGAUAUCCAAGGUUCUCAAUUGUACACCUACACGCAACAUGAUUCUUAUUAUUUGGAGAACGAAUUGUUGACCAAACCGUACAAGACAGAAUUAUCGAUCAGAAAUCAAAAUGCAUUGCCGGCCUUGCAAAAUCGUAAACCUUUCCACGAAAGGUACAAUAAAAUAGUCGUGGAUGAUACACCUAACGAAACAAGGAUUCGAACAAACCAUUACCUUUAUAUGGAACGUACUACGAUGUAUGUCAUGGUUGAUUUAUCUCAACGAGAUAAAACCUUAACAAGUUCUGACGAAGAUAUGGAAACGGUACUAUGUGUCAUAAUGUAUGAUGGGUUGCAUAAAAUUUUGUCAGUUGAUCCUGAUUUCACGAACGAGUAUUUUUACACCAUCACAAAUUCCAAUGGUGUUAAAUUUAAUUAUUGGAUCGAGCAUGCUUCCGAGAAACAGUCGUCGUUAGAAUUGCAACAACAACAAAAUGAAUUACGACGGGAAAUUAAAAAUCGAUUAAUGCAUAAAGAAGCAGAAAUAUCUCAUGGCAUACAGUUGACAUCAUCCAAUGUGCAUAAAUUUUUUAUAAAAUUAGACAUCAUCUCAGCUCAUAAUUUUUUCUUCAAUGGACUUUCUGUUUCUUACCAUAUAAAUUUGCCACAAUAUUGGAGUAUAGAUCAAAAAGAUAAAUUAUUCGGAAGGACUCAGAUGUGUAAUUUAAAAAAUAAUUCUGCAUAUUUUAGUUAUGCUACAGAGAUGAUGUUAGAAUCUCAGUUAACAGAUAUAUUUGAAACAAAAGAUACUGUACCAUGUUGGCCUAAAUUAUUGUUAUCAGUUACAUCAUUCGAUAGUUGGUCCAGGUACCGCACAGAGGGCUAUGCAAGUUUAUCUUUGCCUGUAUUACCUGGUUUAUAUGAAUUUAAUAUUUCAACGUGGCGACCAACAGGAAGCAUUAUUAAUACUCUUAGAAGAUUUUUUACAGGUGGAACUUUGAAGUUGGAAGAUAUAACAUACUGUAGCAUUCCUCAAGGACAUGAAGGUAAAAUGUUAAAUAAGUCACAAUUAACUGUUACACCAAGUGGUUAUAUAAAAUUAAAUAUGAAUAUUGUUCAUCAAGCUAGUCCUACUAAAGAUAAUGACCAGUUAGAGUAUUUUCAACGAUUGAGUACAGAUAAAUUUAUGACCAAUAUAGAAAGUAUUUUUGAACAGUUUAAAGCAGCUAGAGAACAUAUGUUACGAAUUAAAAAUUUAAAUAUGUAAUUACUCAACUGUAAAUAAAUUAGUAGCAGUAAUAGAUUUUACUUAAACUAAACAAAGAAUAAACUGUGAUAUAUUUUAACUUGUAAAUAAUUUAUUUAUAUAUUUAACAUAAUUGUAUUAUAAAUAUAC